AUUUCUUUGCAGGAUUUCUUUUUUUUUGUUCUCUCUCUCUCUCUCUCUCUCUCUCCAUCAUUGCUUAUAAUCAAUCUGGUAAAUCUAGGGUUUGAUUUUCGAUCAGUUUUGAUGUGACGAAUUUAGAUUUAGGAUUUGAUUUGAAUUCAAGAGCUAUUGUUUAGAUCUGGGGUUUUGAUUUUGCCUUCUUUAUUAAUUUCUCCUAAUUUGUAACAGAUUCUUGGUUCCUAGUUGAAAUUGAAGAAAAUUGAGCCAUGGAUAUGGAUGAAAAAGGCCAGGGAAGAACAAGAGAAUGUGGACAGAUGAAGAGGAUAGAGAAUUGGUUUAUGCUCUUUUUGACAUGGUCAAUACAGGAAAUCACAAGGCUGACAAUGAUUUCAAGUCAGGCUUUCUUAGGGUGCUUGAAGGAGUGUUGCAUGAGAAGUUGCCGGGGUGUGGAAUUAAGGCUAAGCCACACAGAAUCUAGGGUCAAGACAUUGAAAAGGGAUACUGGAACUGUGUUUGAUAUGGUUAACGGAGUGGGCUGCAGUGGAUUUGGAUGGGAUUUCAACACAAAUAUGGUGGUUGCUGAAAAACAAGUGUGGGAUGGCUAUGUGCAGAGCCACAAGCGUGCUGCUCCCUGGAAAAAUAGGAGUUUCCCACAUUGUGACAUGUUGUGCAUCAUCUUCGAGAGAGAUCGUGCUAUGGGAAAACAUGCGGUUACUGCUGAUGAUGUCUUGGAGGAAGUGAGCAGAAAUGAGAGCAUUGACACAAAAUUUGAGUGUUGAAGAAAUUGAUACAUUGUCAAAUGCUUCCAUCAACGAUGAAGGAAACAGUAAUAAAGGAAAGAAGAGGAAGAAUAGUAGUGACAGGUUGGAUGCCUUUCGUGAAGCAGUUAUGAUUAUUGGCACCAAGAUUGAAGAAGCAACAGAUAAAUUCAGUCGAGCACUAGGUGUGGAUUUGGAUAUAGCUUUGAAGAGGGACAAAAUCAACGAGGAGCUUUGCAAGCUUUCCAAUCCAUAGACGGUUGAGCGCUACGGAGCCAUGCUUGCUAUAGCACGUGAGCAUGAGGUUACUGCUUGCUUCUUCACCUUGGAAGAUUAUGAGAGAGAAUAAUUUGUGAAGGCUUUACUUAAUGGAGACCUCUGAUGUCCAUUAUUAUUACUUUGCUAUAUUCCUGUUUAUUUCUUAGUUGAUACUAGCUAAUGUGUUGGAUCUUGUUACUUUA